CACGUGUGGGAACUUUUAGCGCAGAAACAACUCUACUACAUAACCCAGCGCAGGUAAACAGAAUAAACACUCAAACGGAGGCGCUGUUGAAUUUUGGUGACGCCAUCUGCACUGGCUGCUACGAUCAUGAAGUCACCGCCCGCAUACUUCGCGCUCUCCUUUGUCUUAGCGGUCCUGUUCUUCUCGCAGGGCUAUACUGGUUCCAGGGUCAGAAGGUUGGAGUGCCUCGAGGAAGGUGUGGCGUCCGCUUGGUUCGCCUGCGAAUUGUUCUUUGUCUGCGAUCGUGUAGGCGUGUCGCCGCUGUUAGAGAAGUGCAACUGGCUCGAGACGUACGACCUCGGCUCGAGGAGGUGCCUGCCACUGAGGAACCCGGAUGAGGAAACUGUGGAGAAAGGCUUCAGGAGUUUCCCAUGCAAACCCUGGCCAGGGACGAAUGAAAAAUAUUGGCUCACAAUGCUGAAAGUUUUGAAACCACCAUCUGAAGCUGAAAUGUAA